GUGUUCAACUUCUCUCUCACCUUCCAUAUUGCAAUUGAUCGGAAUGUGUAGUGUUCAAUCAUGUUCUUGAGUUAUGACCACUUUGUCAUCGAAUCUCUGCACUCACCAAUGUUGUAAGAAACAAGAUACUCACUAUUUUCUCGUUCGACUUGGCCCUCGGUGGAGACGAAUCCUGAGCAUGGAGUCGCUACACUAGAACGGCCCCGUCUCAAAUCAUCGCCACUCACACGUAAGUCGUGAACCGUCGCAAUCCGAAUAGGCGUCUGGCAGUAAGUUUCAUAUCCUGCCAUUGAUGAUUGUCACUGUAAACAGUAUCUCUGUCCAAUUCUAGCUAGUUUUUUCUCAAUCUUCGAACGGGGGCCGUGGUAGUGUCGGGAUUGGACGUUUCAAUCCGAGCCGAACGCAUGCCCUUGCAGCCCGCUGCUGAGCCUCAGGCCCGUCGGCUCGUGUACAAGUUGCUCCGAGCGCAUCACUGGACGGUGCGUAAGGCCGAGGGCUCGCUGCGCCAUACUUUCGCUACAACCCUUCCGCUGCUAUAAUAAUAUGAUCGUUUCAUUUUCAUUCUAUUUCCUCCACCCGCCUUUUGGCCAACUUCACGCUCGUUGACCUCUUCUCGUUCAUCGCUGCAACGUUCUCUUUGAAGACGAUACUAUGCCGGAUUGGAAUUCACCUGAGCAGGCAGCACUUUCAUCGGAUGUACUCGUCAAGUUGACUCAUGCCGUUGUCGGUGUAUACCUAUGGGAGUUUGCCCAGUCGUUGGAUUUCGACUGGUCGUUCUUGUCAGGGAAGCGGAAGUUCAAAUGGGUCAUGAUCUUCUAUUUCCUGGUUCGAUAUACCGCACUUGCCGCGUUCAUAACAUCUCUUAUCGUGUUCGAUGUCAAAACCAAAAUCAACUGCAGAGCGGUGCUUGCAGUUUUCCAGUUUACUGGCAGUGCCGUUGGAGGAUUCGCCACCAUAAAUUUUGCGUUGAGAACAAUUGCUCUCUGGCGUAGGAAUUGGAUCAUCUGCGUUAUUCUGACCGCACUCAUUAUGGGCCACUGGUCACUGAUUUUGCAUGGUAUCCUCAUCGAAGGCGUGUAUGUGCCGGACCAAGGCUGUGCCAUCUCACACAUUAAUAAUACAAUUCUUACCGCCAACCUGAUCUACUCCAUGGUAAUCGACUUCAUCGUGCUCGCUUUGACGAGUUGGAAAACCUUCAGGCUGCGUAAUAAGAGUCGAAAAUCGCUCGGUGGUUUGAUUAUUCAGGAUGGAUUGAUCUUCUUCGCGUCAUCAGUAUGCGGCAACGUCAUUGCAACGGUUUUCAUGAUAUUGAACCUCAGUCCUAUUAUGAGCGUUAUAUUCAACAUCCCAGCUGCGGCGAUUUCUGCUAUCGCUGCCACGAGAGCAGUGCGAAAGCUAACACGAUGGACUAGUGAAGGCCCUCACAUCUUUUACACCCACGCUGAUUUGCCAACGAGUGGAGACGGCUCUAAUGGACCGAACAAGCAACAAAGUGCUCAAGUCCUGGCAUUGCCCACGCACCAAAGGUCUCGGACAGAAGGAGGCGUUCAUGUUCAGAUGGAAACGUUCGUUGCUGUUGAUGAGACUUACUUGCCUUCGACGACCCCGGAUGGGAACAAGGGUGUUAUUCGAUUCGACCAGAACCAGUAUAGUGAUGACGAUGUCAAGGCUGUUCAUGCAACCUGACGUUUUCUGCAAUUGUGUCCAUUGCUAAGCCUUGCUCAAUCUUCUCGGUAUUGCGUCUAUGAUCGAUACGAGAGAUAUGAGCAGGUUUUCAUCCUAACGUCUUCCUACUACGCUACUUUCGGAUGUGCUUGCUUAUCGAUAGACGUACACGUCGGAAACCUUUCCUUAAUCGAAGACUGAGCUCUUCCAUGUCCAUUCCUUUGUAUAGCCGAUUAUUGCUUGUACCAUUCACAUCCGCUGGCGUGCAGGGAACAGUAAAAUCGUUGGGCGUACUACUGUAACCCGGUCGCUCAACGUACCAAAUUCUUUUGAUGGCAAACCAGGGCACACAAAGUUAUAUGACCGGCUAGGCGUGGGCAGGCUUCUGAUCGACGUGUGAGUUCCUUACA